UCUACACUUGAUGUUGAACAUCUGAUCUUUUGACCACUGAUUGAUUCAGUCGUAUCUUCAGAAUCCCUGCCCCUCCUUUACGCUCUUGACGAGCUCGCCGUCCGUUCGCUGACGCUCAGCGCAUUACAUUCUUUCUUCGUCCUGGCCUUUCUUCUCUCUCAUUCCGCUUCUCUUCCCGCCCUCCUUCCUCUACACACUCCUCACCAUGCUUCUCCGCAACCUCUUGUUGUUUACAUCGACGAGCGCCUUGAUGGCCUCUUCUGCCUUGGCCUCCCACCGAAUCCCUCUAUCUCUGCACAGACGGUACCCUCCACCUCUAGCAGCUGCUCAAGUCUACUUGGAACAGGUGCACGAUGCGUCGUCCUCGACUUGGAGAAUCAUGGAAUCACCCAUAGAGCCGCCUGCCGAGUCGCCGGUGGAACCACCUGUAGAAGAGCCAGUGGUAUCGUCGUCAGAAUUGCCUACACCUUCACCUUCGCCAUCGACGUCUGAUACGCCUGUGGAAUCGCCUUCGCCUUCACCGUCCUCUUCAGAUCCACCGGUAGAGAUGCCUUCACCAUCUCCGUCUCCCUCUCCAUCGGCAUCUGACGUGCCCGAGGCGUCCCCUUCCCCGUCUCCAUCUCCUUCCCCGUCAACGGCAGAGUCACCCGAGGUGUCUCCAUCACCGGCUCCCUCGCAAUCAGCAUCGGAGCUCCCUGAAGCUUCUCCUUCUCCUUCGCCUUCACCUUCCCCUUCCCCCUUUCCAUCUCCUUCUCCAUCACCCUCCGAAGCUCCUGUACCUUCGCCAGUGCCGUCACAGGUAGAAUGGCCAGCGCCAGUGCCAGUUGAGGAUCCCUCGCUAGACGAGAGACAGUCUUCGUGCCCAGUGGGAGGAUGGGUAUGUAUAGGACAAGAACUGCUGCGCUGCGAUAACGAUCAAUGGGUCCAGAUGGCAAUGUGUGACGGUAUCAAUACGAUCUGUGUGGCGAGCAAUCCGGAUGCCUCCCCCGGUUGCGUUUGGCCUCCUAGUCCUCAGCAAGUGGGUCAAGUACAAGCUGUUCAACAGGUGCCUUCGGCUGUUCUUCAGUCAAUCAUGUUAUCCCCGACCUCGACACCGUCGCCAUCGGAGUCACCAUUCCUAUUGUCAUCACCGUCGCCUGCUCCAGCUGCCUCUGCGUCGCCCAGACCUACUACGGCUGCAAGUGCUCAACCCUCUGCGAGUCCAUCGCCUGUUGCAUCAAACGGGACCGCUCCUCAAAUACAAUAUACAAACCCACACUAUGUUGUCUACCUCGAUGACACCAAUACGCCUAUGCCAUCCGCUGCGCAACUAGCACCAUGGAACCGAUUCCUCUUGGCCUUUUGGCUGACCGAAGGCGCUUGGGACUGGGCAGAACAGUUUAGUAGCUUGUCCGCUAGUGCUCGUCAGGCUGUCCUUGACGAUUACCACUCCCACGGGAUCGCACUGAUGGUCUCUGCCUUUGGAGCCACAGACUACCCAACGACAUCAGGUGCUGAUCCCAUCAAGACGGCUCAAAAUCUAGCUGCGUUCGUCAAGGCGAACAACCUAGAUGGCGCAGAUAUUGACUAUGAAGACUCCAACGCCUUUGUAGCUGGUACCGCUGAAGCGUGGCUCAUCAAAUUCACUGCUGAACUCCGGAGACAGUUACCACAUCCUUAUCUCAUCUCACAUGCGCCUCAGCCUCCUUACAUGACUCCUCCAGGACAACAGUUCACCCCGAAUGGAGGGUAUGCCAAGAUCUAUCAGGAAGUCGGAGACGAUAUAGACUGGUACAAUGUCCAGUUUUACAAUCAAGGCAAUAGUCUGUCUUAUACGACCUGUCAGCAAAUCGUGAUCUCUGCUUACGGUACUUCGCUUCUUGAAAUCUCCAACAAUACUGGCAUCCCACUGGACCAACUUGUGCUCGGCAAACCGUUGAACCAAGCAGACGUCUCCAAUACUGGUCUGAUGACCGCUUCGCAGCUUGCCCCGUGUUAUCAACUCGCCGAAUCGAAAGGCUGGAACGCUGGCGUCAUGAUCUGGCAGUGGAACCCCUCGGCGCCAUCGUGGCUGAACACAGUCAUUGGAUCCUAAGAGAAGAGCGCAUGUUUAGUCUAUCCCGAAAACG